AGUCUUUGCCCUGCGCUCGGGAGAUCAGCUGGCGCGCGGGCGGGCGCCGAACGCGGCCCCGGCUCUCGCUGCAGCGCCGCCUCCUCUCUGCGUCGCAGGCCAGCCCGGCGGCCGUGACAAUGUCGCGGGGCUGGUAGCUGGGCGCCAGCCGCCGAGCCGUCUCAAGUUUAAACUUACACGAAUCGCUCUCUGGAGGAGGAGGGGACCCGCCGCGCGAUUGACACGCGUAUUCCUAUAGGCAUCCUCCCUCAACCCCCACCCCCACGGCCGGAUUCGGGUGGCUCCUCUCCGAGCUGAAAUCCGAGAAGAAAUCCUUGGAUCUCUUUUCUAAAAAAAAAUCUAAAAACCAUUGGUAUUUUGCUUUGCUGCUUUUUAUUUGCAAGAUGAAGAAGUUUUUCGACUCCCGGCGAGAGCAGGGCGGCUCUGGCCUGGGCUCUGGCUCCAGCGGAGGAGGGGGCAGCACCUCGGGCCUGGGCAGUGGCUACAUCGGAAGAGUCUUUGGCAUCGGGCGACAGCAGGUCACUGUGGAUGAGGUGUUGGCGGAAGGUGGAUUUGCUAUCGUGUUUCUGGUGAGGACAAGCAAUGGGAUGAAAUGUGCCUUGAAACGCAUGUUUGUCAACAACGAGCAUGACCUCCAGGUGUGCAAGAGAGAAAUCCAGAUCAUGAGGGACCUGUCAGGGCACAAGAACAUUGUGGGUUACAUUGAUUCUAGUAUCAACAAUGUGAGUAGCGGCGAUGUAUGGGAAGUUCUCAUCCUGAUGGACUUCUGUAGAGGAGGCCAGGUGGUAAACCUGAUGAACCAGCGCCUGCAGACAGGUUUUACAGAGAAUGAAGUGCUCCAGAUAUUUUGUGAUACUUGUGAAGCUGUUGCCCGCCUGCAUCAGUGCAAAACCCCUAUUAUCCACCGUGACCUGAAGGUUGAAAAUAUCCUCUUGCAUGACCGAGGCCACUAUGUCCUAUGUGACUUUGGAAGUGCCACCAACAAAUUCCAGAAUCCACAAACCGAGGGAGUCAAUGCAGUUGAAGAUGAGAUUAAAAAAUACACAACGCUGUCCUAUCGAGCACCAGAAAUGGUCAACCUGUACAGUGGCAAAAUCAUCACUACAAAGGCAGACAUUUGGGCUCUUGGAUGUUUGUUGUAUAAAUUAUGCUACUUCACCUUGCCAUUUGGGGAGAGUCAGGUGGCAAUUUGUGAUGGAAACUUCACAAUUCCUGAUAACUCUCGGUAUUCUCAAGAUAUGCACUGCCUAAUUAGGUAUAUGUUGGAACCAGACCCUGACAAAAGGCCAGAUAUUUACCAGGUCUCCUACUUCUCAUUUAAACUACUCAAGAAAGAAUGCCCAAUUCCAAAUGUACAGAACUCUCCCAUUCCUGCAAAGCUUCCCGAACCUGUGAAAGCCAGUGAGGCAGCUGCAAAAAAGACCCAGCCAAAGGCCAGACUGACAGAUCCCAUUCCUACUACAGAGACUUCAAUUGCACCCCGUCAGAGGCCUAAAGCUGGGCAGACUCAGCCGAACCCAGGAAUCCUUCCCAUCCAGCCGGCCCUGACACCUCGGAAGAGGGCCACAGUUCAGCCUCCACCUCAGGCUGCAGGCCCCAGCAAUCAGCCUGGCCUUUUAGCUAGUGUUCCCCAACCGAAAAGCCAGCCCCCACCCAGCCAGCCUCUGCCACAGUCUCAGGCCAAGCAGCCACAGGCUCCGCCCACCCCACAGCAGCCGCCUUCCACUCAGGCCCAGGGUCUGCCCACUCAGGCCCAAGCCACACCCCAGCACCAGCAGCAACUCUUCCUCAAGCAGCAGCAGCAGCAGCCUCAGCAGCAGCCACAGCAACAGCCACAGCAGCCACCACCACCAUCACAGCAGCCAGCAGGCACAUUUUACCAGCAGCAGCAGCAGGCCCAAACUCAGCAGUUUCAAGCAGUACAUCCAGCAACCCAACAGCCAGCGAUUGCUCAGUUCCCUGUGGUGUCUCAAGGAGGGUCUCAACAGCAGCUAAUACAGAACUUCUACCAGCAGCAACAACAACAGCAGCAGCAGCAGCAGCUGGCCACAGCCCUGCACCAACAACAGCUGAUGACUCAGCAAGCUGCUUUGCAGCAAAAGCCCACAGCGACAGCAGCACAGCAGCCCCAAACACAGCCGGCUGCAUCCCCGCAGCCAGCCCCGCAGCCAGCCCCUGCCCAGGAGCCAGGGCAGAUUCAAGCCCCGGUAAGACAACAGCCAAAGGUUCAGACCACCCCACCACCUGCCACCCAGGGACAGAAACUUGGAUCUCUCACUCCUCCAUCAUCCCCCAAAACCCAACGUGCUGGGCAUAGGAGGAUUCUCAGUGAUGUAACUCACAGUGCAGUCUUUGGGGUCCCAGCCAGCAAAUCAACCCAGCUGCUCCAGGCAGCUGCAGCUGAGGCCAGUCUCAAUAAAUCUAAGUCUGCAACCACCACUCCAUCAGGCUCUCCUCGGACCUCCCAACAAAACGUCUAUAAUCCUUCAGAAGGUUCUACGUGGAAUCCCUUUGAUGAUGACAAUUUCUCUAAACUCACAGCUGAAGAACUGCUUAACAAGGACUUUGCCAAGCUGGGGGAAGGCAAACAACCUGAGAAGCUUGGUGGUUCAGCUGAGAGUUUGAUCCCAGGCUUUCAAUCAACCCAAGGUGAUGCUUUUGCCACGACCUCAUUUUCUGCUGGCACUGCUGAAAAAAGGAAGGGUGGGCAGACUGUGGACUCUGGCCUCCCACUUCUGAGCGUAUCUGAUCCUUUCAUUCCUCUUCAAGUACCUGAUGCACCAGAAAAACUAAUUGAGGGACUCAAAUCUCCUGACACUUCUCUUCUGCUCCCUGACAUCUUGCCUAUGACAGAUCCUUUUGGUAGUACUUCCGAUGCAGUAAUUGAAAAAGCUGAUGUUGCUGUUGAGAGUCUCAUACCAGGACUGGAGCCUCCAGCUCCCCAGCGCCUCCCAUCUCAGACGGAAUCUGUGACCUCCAACCGCACAGAUUCUCUCACCGGGGAAGAUUCCCUCCUUGAUUGCUCUCUGCUUUCUAACCCUACUACUGACCUCCUGGAAGAGUUUGCCCCCAUAGCAAUCUCUGCUCCAGCCCAUAAAGCUGCAGAAGAUAGUAAUCUCAUCUCAGGUUUUGAUGUCCCUGAGGGCUCGGACAAAGUGGCGGAAGAUGAGUUUGACCCUAUUCCUGUAUUGAUAACCAAAAACCCACAAGGUGGGCACUCUAGAAACAGCAGUGGGAGCUCUGAGUCCAGUCUUCCCAACCUAGCCAGGUCUUUACUGCUGGUGGAUCAGCUCAUAGACCUGUAGCCGUGACCCAG